CAAGGUACUUUGGAGCGCUUUUACCUGUCAAGGACCUAUCAGGUUUUGGCAUCACGUUCCCUUGACCCCCUUCACCUUCACUUGGCCAGUCCACCCUAGAAAAUCUGCAAACGCCCUCCAUCCUCCUAUCUCCCAAACACUCCAUCCGAAUAUCCUUGAGCACCCCUGCGAGAACGAUUUCCUUCUUAAUUCCUCCAACUGUUCACAUUCCCUCACAGAGAUAAAGGCCUUGUCUACCUUCUCCCUCACCCACUCUGCACCUCUCGCGUCUGUUGACAGUCGCCUUCACUUCUGCACUUCGUCACAUCUUUACCUCUCCCUGCAUCGGCUUUACUGUAUCGGAUACCUUCUACCAUGAUGGCGUCCUAUAAGCCUGAUCCUGCCGUAUACACGGUCCCCGUCCCCGCUGAUUCGGUCUAUGCGCUCACUGAAGAUGAGUCGAUGGACGUCCCAAUGCCAUUUGUCAGCCUCUACACAAACAUGCCAGAGGAUGCCAAAUGUGCCUUCUCCAUCAGUCGGAACAAUCCAGAGAAGCGAGUCAUGACCCAUAUUCUCCCUCGGCGAAAGCUGGAGAAGUGGUCUGAAGAACGUAUCGCUCAGAAGGUGCAGAGCAUUUGCCGCAGCUAUCCCCAGGAGGUUAUCCACGUCAAACCUCCAAGCCAGUGGGCAGAUCUCUACAACUUCUUUGAUGCAGCAGACUUGUGGCACAGCGGAGCUUGGAACCUUUGGCUUGUCAUCUACCGCUUGGUUGAGAAAACCGAGAUCGAGCGCUCUGCUGUGUCUGAGUGGGUAUACAAAUGGCUCACGACAAAGACGAACCGCGACAAACUGUCGUAUUGGGACUCUAAUUCAGAUGUUCUCGACAUCAUGGCUGCCUAUGACUGGAUCGAUGGUGGACUGCUUGGAGUCUCUGCCGAGACGAGAGCACUAGUCCGCUCCGAGCUUGUUCACUGGUACAAGACCACGUAUUCUCCCCUUUUCACCAAGGUCACUCGCAAAGGAGGAGCAGAGCAAACCAAGAAUGUCCGGGCCUGGAUUGAAACUGAACUUCCUGCGAACGACGAUAUUGCUCCGUCAAUUGAGGCAAUCCCCGAUUAUCCAAAGUCUGAUCAGCCGACAGCCGUGCUGUCUCGUCCAGUGAACCUCCUGAGCAAAUCGGCCAAUAAUUCGGAAGGUGCAUCUGCCUCCCAGGAUGGCAGUGGAGAGCUAGAGGAGGGAUCACAGGAUGGCCUGCUGCCGAUUGAGAAGAAGGAUAUACCGAUCCGAACUCAGUCUGCCUCGCCUACUCUCCUGCCAACAGCACGCGGGAAGCCUGUCUACGAAGCCACCGAGGCUUAUGGCUACGGAACAGAGCAACACUCUCAGCCGAGUGGACCGAUGGCUCCAGGUCCAGAGGUUAUGGUCAGCAUUCCCGAGGGCGUGGAGAACUGUAUGCCGUCUGCAUCAUCCCAUCUGCAGCCAGCUCCACAGGCACUGGCAUAUCCAUCGCAGCCAGUGCUGGUCCCGGUGCAUGCAUUGCAGUCAGCUCCAUUGCCCCAAAUGGAUACAUGGCAUCUAGCUCCGCUCCUGCCAACGGAUGCAUCGCAGUCCGCUCUGCAGCACCAAGAUGAUCAUGGCCCGCAAGAAGUGAUCCAGGCCUCUGGAAUUGCAGAUGCCGCCCAUCCAUCGAGUAACGACCAGUCUGCAUCCCAAGCCCAGACUGGCUGGAAGGACAAGGGCUCAUUUGAUCCACUCCAUGGCCAGAUGUAUCGGCACUCUAGUGCCAACAAUAAGGCCCGCAAAGCCCCCAAGGAAAGGGACCAUGGCCAUGAUCCGCUAAGCGCGUCUCCUUCCUCACAGUCGGCUAUUCGAGAACUCCCCCCAGCUACUUGCCUGAACCUUUCGCGGAAUGGUCCAGAUACCACGUACGAAGAUUGCAGGUGCCGACGUUACGAGCCAAAGCACCGCACAAUUUUUGUAGCUGGGAUAACCCUGCGUUCCUCGCAGAGCCGGGCUGAAGUUAUCAAAGUCAUCCGGGACUUCUUCGACAGCAACUAUGGGAUGGUGGAGGAGGCAGCUCUCAAUGAGAGGGGCUCGAUUCCGACAGCCCUUGUUAGAUUCCGACAGGAAGGAGCGGCUCUAAACGCAGUUGGGGCUGCCAGGCAGGGGUUCAAGUUCACACUGUUGCCUAUCUCCGAGAAUCUCAAGAUCAACUUUCCAUACUACUCGAAAUAUUACCGGCCGAGAUCCCCAAAGGUCGGCCAUCGCGGCGUAUCUCAUGGGAAACGUGGUCCGGCUCAGUCACGUCCACCAAAGGCUACUCGACAGGCCAUCACAUCUGGUGUUGGACCGGCUCAACCACCUCCAACACAGGCACCUCUGGGACAGAUCCCGACACAGUCCCAAGCUCUGGUUCAAGCUACAGUCCAAGCCUCAUCUCAAGCACAGGCACAAGGUCCGACACGGGCUCAAGCGCCGGCUCCAGCUCAGGCGCCAGCGCCAGCCCCGUCUCAAGCCCCGACACAGGCUACGACACAGGCCGACCCAUCGCAUCAAUUGAAUCCAUAUCACGAAGGUCCAGCAUACCCGUUCAUGAUGCCGCCUUGGGGAAUGCCGUUUUGGGCUCCUCCGAUGGGUCGGGGCCACUUCCCACCGCCAGGGACUCAGCCCCAGGCAAUGGCUUACCCACCCCAUGGAUAUUUCCCGGCCCAACACAUGCAUCCUGGCAUGAUGAUUCCAGGCAUGCAUGGCAUGCCGCACCACAUGCCACAUGGAAUGCCGCCAGGAAUGCCACAUCACAUGUUGCCGCCACCUCCAUUCAACCUGCCGGGGGUAGCUGAUACUGCAUCAGCACAGCAGCAACAUAAACAUCCGGCGCCGAGACGAUACCAGACUCCGGUCGGCCCUGUAGUGCCCCCACCAGAGAACACUUCGUCGGCGGCCAUGGAUUUGUCACCCGAUGACUGUUUUGGCGGUGAACCCGGACCGGGGCUGGCCCUCCAGUCCACCCAUCUUGUCCUCAGUUCAGGCCCCCUAGAUACUCCCAAGCGAGAGACCAGGGAUCACCAUGGUGAUAACAGCGGCAAUGAUAGCCGCCCUACCACUGGAAACCCAUUGAGUCGGCCGAUGAGCGUAAGCCAGAGGAAGACUCGGCCAAAGAAUCUUCCGGUCAAGCCUGAUGACGCCAUCCGCACGGGCAGCCCAUGCAGGUCGACCUCCAGACUCCGCCCCUCUCGAGGCUCGGGAGCGACCCCAACCCCUUCGUCUUCACCUACCCUCGAGGGAUUUCCUGAUGUUGAUCCGGACGUGCAGGAUUUUGGCACUGUGAUUCAUCGCAAGCCAACGCAGGAUUCAGCCCGGCGUCUCCCUUCAGAGUGGCUGCAAAGGGGUCCAGAUGGCCGGCCCACGAUCUAUGCCAGGUCUCAAGCUGUGUUUGGUCCUGAUUCUGGUGCUGGCCCAAUGCCAGAUAACAAGGCUUCGGGUUAUCUGACAGUGCCUGCGUCUGCCUAUGGUUCGAGACCUGCAUCUCCCGCUUCUUCUGCCAAGCACGAGACGAUCGGAAAGGGCAAACGGACCAAGAAAUUCAAGAAUGGUGGCGGCAGCAAUGCUUCCCUAUCUGCAGCAUCAUUCUCACACAUUGUCAAGUCGCCUGUCCUGGCUGGACCGUCGGAUGGCCGCCCUUCUCGUUCGCAGUUGGUUAACCCCAAAGCCUCAUAGGAAGAGGACAAGGGGAACAAGCCCGAAGCCGGCAAGAUGAAGCCUAAGAAGAAGAAGACCUGGAAGCAGAACCACGCAUACCAGGCAUCUCAGGACGGCACGCACCAAGGCAAGCAAAAUGAGACUCCCCAGGAGGAAGGCGAGAUGUCGCAUCUGUCUGCCAAGGCCAGGGGGAAGAUGCCCA